AUGGAAAGAAAGAACAAAACAAGCCUGACAGAAUUCAUUCUUUUGGGACUGUCAGAUGACCCUAACAUCCAACCUCUCCUUUUUGCUACAGGGCUGUUGAUAUACAUGCUCACGUUAGCAGGGAACCUGGCCAUUAUUUUUUUGAUUCAGACUGACCAGCACCUCCACACUCCAAUGUACUUCCUGCUGAGCAAUCUGUCCUUUACUGAGAUCUGCUACAUCACCUGCACCAUGCCAAAGAUGCUAUGGGACCUUUUGUCAGGGGACAAGACCAUCUCUUUCACUGGCUGUGCGCUCCAAAUGUAUUUUUUUCUAACCACAGCAGCUACGGAAGGUGUCCUACUCUCAGUCAUGGCAUAUGAUCGCUAUGCUGCCAUCUGCCACCCACUGCGCUACACUUUACUCAUGAGCCAGCCUGUGCUCAGAUGGCUCCUAGCAACUUCGUGGGCCAUUGGAAGUCUCAAUGCCACUGUCAACACAGCCUUUGUGUUCUCCUUGAACUUCUGUGGUUCCAAUAAGAUAGUGCACUUCUUCUGUGACAUCCCACCUGUCUUGCAUCUCUCUUGCUCUGACACCUCCCUUGCUGAGCUGGUGACUUUUAUUAUCUCUGGAAGCAUCAUGAUAGUAACUGUCUCCUUAAUUGUCCUCUCCUAUGUCCUCAUUGUCUUAUCUGUGAUCAAAAUCAGUACGGUUCAGGGCAGGAUUAAGACAUUUUCCACUUGUGCCUCCCACCUUACCGUGGUGAGCAUCUUCUACAGCACAGCCAUUUUUACUUAUAUGCGACCUUCAUCCAGUCACUCCAUGGACGAUGACCGCUUGAUCUCUGUCCUGUACACCAUCAUCACUCCUUUGUUAAACCCCCUCAUUUACAGCCUCAAAAACAAAGAAAUGCAGGCAGCACUUUUGAAUGCUCUGGGAAAGAAACAACGCUGUCAGUUGUGA